CCAACUAUUUCACUUAAGCUAACUUUUUCCCAGGCAACACCGGGUGGGGCAGCUAGUAAAUUAAAAUAUUCUUAUUAUGCAGGCUGUAUUACCUACUAGUUCUACAUUGGCUACACUCCUACUCCUACUCAGCCAGCCAUUGCCUAGUUACCAAUAUCAUAACAAUUCACAAGUCAUAGCUCAUAAGCUACUUUUAUUAUAUUUACUAGUUUUAUUAUUGAUUAAUUUAAUGCUCAUACAUGUUAGUUUAUUUGUUGGUACUUAAUAAUAAAUAUAAUUGUAUUGAAAUAUUAGUUUUAAAAUAACAAAUAUAAUUGUAUUGGAAUAUUAAUAAUAAAAUAAUAAAUAAUAAGAAAAAAAGUUAUGGACGGAGAUAUUUCAGUAAAUGAACACCAUAGAAAUGUCAUUGAUAGCUAUGUAGAAUUUAUGGGUCACCAAAAAAAACAAUCUAUUAUAUUAAUUAAAAAAGCGUUUGAAGAAGUUUUCAAAACAAAUUUAUUAGAUGAAACGUACACAAAAGAAGAAGUGAAGAAUAUAUUAAACAACUUAGAAAAAACAAUGACAAAUGAAAUAAAAUGUGAAUUAUCUGCAUAUACACGCACCAAUCUCCUAAUGAUGUAUCAGUUUUUUCAACAAGCUGAGAAAUGGCAUUUAAGGCUCAAUGUAGAUAUAUCUGAAAUACAAAACAAAGAAUUGUUACAAGAGAUGGAAAAAAUAGAAACUAGUUAUAACGUAAUGAACCGAACAUUAGAAAAAAAGAAGCUUUUAGGUACUCCUGAUCACAUUACAAAUGAUUUUGCUGAUCUGUUGCAAAAAAGAUUAAAUCAGCUAGAAACCCAUAAUUCGAAAUUGGAAGCAGAUUUAAAAACUUUGGAAGACAAUUGUAAUAAAUUGAAUAAUGAAAAAGAAGCAUUGAAAUUACUUAUCAAAAAAGAAGACAAACAAGGAGAUCCACAAAAAAAUGUAGUCGAAAUUGAAGUACAAACUCAAAAUACUUAUGACGAUAAUACUAACAAUCACGAUGAAUGUAAAACAACAGUAAAUCAAUUAGAAAAUGAAUUGUUAAUUGCGCAAUCACAAUUAACGCUAACAAAUUUGGAGUUGGACAGAAAAUUUAAUGAUACUGCUGCAUAUAUUAACAUGAAGAAUAUAAUUACGAAAAAAAACGAACAGGUUCGAGAACUAAGAGAUCGGUUGCUUAUUUACGAAAAAGAAGAUAACCAAGAUAAUGUUGUAUGAUUGAAAUUAC